AUGAAUGACCCAUCAGAGGUCCUAGUUCAUGCACAUGCAGAGCCUGAUGAAAUGCUGGACCACUUCACACUCACUUUAGAAUUAUGGUGCAAAAAAUCAGGAAUAUCUCAUCAACACUACAAGACACUGCAGAAAGUCUUACAGAUUCCCAAAGAUAUUAGUGUACUGAGAUCUCUACCAUUAGGGCUGAGCACAUUAAAGAAGAAAUGCAGAGCUCAAUUCUUUAUACUUUUCAUUCAACAGGCAUUCAUACCAGCUGUUCCAUUGAAAAUGCCAACUCUUUCACCUGCCAAGAAGCAACUAAUACAGACAUUUCUUACAUCUAAUUUAUUCUUUCAGGAUCCUGUGGCUCUUUUGUCAUUACUGGCAAGGUCUCCUGUAUUUCACAAGAAGAUACAUAUUGAUGUUCAUCAAAUGACUUUGUAUGGUAUCCUGACAGGACACCAGUCUUUCCUUCCAAUUUUGUUCAUUUCAGGUGCAACAAUGCUGCAUAACCAGAGACUGGCCUGCACAAAAUCCAGUGAAAUUAUUCUUAUUGUCCAGUACACUAUUACUGCCAACAGCUUUAAUAAAAGAAUUCAUUUACUGAGACCUUCACUUUGCCUGAACAAGCUGCUCUUACUGAAAGACCAGGAAACUCACAUUAUACAUGAAGACAACAUUCUAGUCCAACUGGAUGUCUAUCUUGACUACAUUUUUGACAGAUCAGGUAGCUACAAACUCUCAGAAACAAAUAGGUUCUUUGUACACACUCCACUCCAGAGUGAACUAGAAAUUGUGGCAUACAGGAGAGAUAUGCUAAUCAAGAUGCUCUGUCCAGACAAUACUAUCAAGAGAACUAUAUCCAUUCCCUUCCUGCUGUUCAUUGACAGAUUCAGUCUAUAUCAGAACAUGUACCAAAAUAUAACUGGCUUCUAUAUAAUUUCUGCAGGACUUAAUGAUUUCAAAAGAAGACAACAAAAUAAUAUAUAUAUAAUUGCUCUCAGGUCUCAUGCUACAAAUUUUUUCAAUGUUGUGGAGGCAUUGACUUCCAGUUUACAAGCAGUUGAAAGAGGAUUUGACAUUGUGAUAACUGGUGAAGGAACUGUCAGAGUCAUUGCUUCUUGUAUUGCUUAUCUUGAUGACAUACUACAGCAAAAUGACAAUGCUGGAAUCAAACACUCUACUGCAAUAGUCUUCUGUCAGAGCUGUACUGUCUCCAAUGUGGAGAGGUUCAAUAUGAAUUUCAACUUGAUGAAACACAGCCAAUAUCAUUACCAGCUACUCAAUUUGUGGGCCAAAAUUGAGGUGAAGUGGACUGUUCAUGAUGAAUUUUUGGGCCUGUUCAAAAUUGCGCAUACAUUAUUGAUAUCACAUAUAUUGAUAUCUGAGGGGCAGAAGGAAUACUGCCAAAUUUUACAAAGAUUUCUAUUUUGA